AUAUUUCCUUACCAGAAAUCCUGAUAUUAUUAUUCAAUCCAAGAUUCUUGAAUUUUUUCUUUUUUUUUUUUGAGUGUUCAAAACCAUAACUCUUAUCCUCUUCACCAUUAACACAGCUCUAAAAUUCUUGAAAUGUUGCAGACACAAUCCUUCAUCUCAUCCAACUACUUCUUCCCUCUCUCUUUCCCUCCUAACCCCAUCACUUCAUUUCACAAUUUGCCCCACAAACCCAUUGCCACGCGCCGUUCAGUCUCAGCCACUAAAUCCCACGCGCCGCCGUCACAGUCAUGGCUUGCUGAGGCCCCAGAUGAAACAGUUACCGUUACAACCGACGCGCCACUGGAGGAGGGACCCAUUGAGCUUCCAUCUUCAAUAACGGAUAUAUUUGCUACUUCUGAUGACCCUUCUCCUCUUCAAACUGCCACUAGUCUUCUCCUCACCGGUGCUAUUUCCGUUUUCCUCUUUCGCUCCCUCCGCCGCCGCGCUAAACGUGCUAAAGAACUGAAACUUAGGUCAACAGGGGCGAAGAAAACGUUGAAGGAGGAGGCAAUGGAGAGUUUGAAAGCUAUGACGCCAACACCAGUUGACGCCAAAGCUCCACCUUCACCUGUUCAAGCACUGUUGGGAGGUUUAACAGCGGGUGUUAUUGCACUUCUCCUUUACAAGUUCACUACCACCAUUGAAGCUUCUCUCAAUCGCCAGGCGCUUUCAGAUAGUUUCUCGGUUCGCCAGAUAACAAUAACGAUUAGAACUAUUAUAAAUGGAAUAUGCUACCUCGCAACAUUUGUCUUUGGCAUCAACUCUGUCGGUUUGUUCCUUUAUUCGGGUCAGCUUGCCUUGAACUCUAUCAUGGGAGAUUCUGCUAGUGAAGAAACUAAUAAUAAAGGUGAAGCACAGUUGAGUUCGAAGGAUCUAACAUCAGCACGUCCUGUAGAUAGCACUGAAGCGAACAGAGACGACCGCAAUAAAACAUCUGAGGAUACAAAAUAGUGCAAGAAUAUGAUUUAGAAAUGAAGACCAGUUGUGAGCUCUGGGUUACAGUAGGGUUGCUAGAUGGAGUAAGAAAAUUGACCUGAUGUUUUGAAGUUAAGGCAAAUAGGCACGUGAUUUGAGGCAGAAACGGAAAAUUACUGGCCUUGUUGAGGGAUUUCUUGUUCAAUUUAUAUGCUUUCCGUCAUAGUUUAUGUUUGCUCUGCUAUCCGAGGGCAUAUUCUGUAACACUAAAUGAUACUAUGGGCCCGUAAGGUUUAAACAUGCUGCCACCACAGAAACAAUAGCCAUUGCCAAGAUAUUCCUACUUGCAGUGGAAAUACAUGCUCCUGUGUGUGCAGGGGCGGCAAAUCUGUUCAAAAUAUAGGCGGCAUUUUUCUUGAAGUACGACAUAAAUAAGUUGGAUUAUAUGCAAUUGUAGUGUCAAAAGUUUCUGAUCUCCUAUCCAGAGCACAUAUAUAAGACAGAAAUGUCAUUCUGAUGGACAAAAAUUCCUUC